AUCUACUCCCUCCCCCAUGCAGCCUCAGCACCAAACCACAAUGCUCAGAAUGGGAGGAGAGUAUGAUCCAUAUUCUCUCAGUUUUUCGCUAUCUUAGUUUCAUUAUGGACGAUAGACAGGCAUGGCUUUUACGGAAUAUAUCAUGUUUUGGGAAUAUGGAUUUUGACAUCAUGUUGUUUGCUCUUGUGGAUUGGAUGUGAUGUAUUUUACUGAAUCAGGAAUGACAAAGACAAUGGGAUACCGAGACUGGCGAUGGCAGGCGCUAUUUUGGCAUCAUUUCUUUCUCUUGUGGACUACAAUAGACGGACAAACUCGUUACAGCAUACCAGAGGAGCUGAAACAGGGCUCUGUGGUAGGAAAUCUUGCAAAAGAUCUAGAUUUGGGACUAUCAGAGAUUUUUGACCGUAGGCUGCGUGUCGCCUCUGAGGCUGGUAAGCAGUAUUUCAGUGUGGAUGCGGGGAAGGGCGAGCUGGUGGUAAAUGACAGAAUAGACAGAGAGGCUUUGUGUGGACAAAGCGCCAGCUGUGUUCUACCUCUGCAGGUUGUAAUAGAGGACCCACUGCAGUUACACCGAAUAGAGGUGGAAAUAAAAGAUAUUAACGACAAUUCUCCGCGUUUCAUUUCAAAUGAGCUGUCUUUGAAAAUAGCCGAAUUAGCUUUAGUGGGCACCCGUUUUCUUUUGGAGAGCGCAACGGACCCUGAUGUUGGAAGCAAUUCUCUCAAAACGUACACUCUCAGUAAAAACGAGUGUUGUUCCCUUAAAAUUAAAGAAAUUGAAGGAGGCAAGACGGUGCCUGAACUUGUUUUAGAGAAGCCCCUCGAUCGAGAGAAAAAAGCAGUUCACACUCUUUUACUAACAGCAUUAGACGGUGGUAAUCCAGUAAGAUCUGGAACAUCACAGAUAACCAUUCAUGUACUUGAUUUAAAUGAUAAUUUUCCUGUGUUUGAGAAAAACGUUUACAAAGUAACCCCUGGAUGAAAAAAGCGUGAAGGGGACCCUCGUUGUAAAACCCAAGGCAACAGACGCAGAUGAAGGUCUGAAUGGUGAAAUUGAAUUUUCGU